AAAAAAAAAAAAAAAAAAAAAGAUGUCUAUUAUGAUACAUGGUAGUGUCACAUAGAAGCAGUGGGGAUCAUAGUUGGUGGUGCAAAUCCAUUUCCCAAAAAGAAAUGGAGAACUAUGGAUACCCAUCAUCGUACCCAGACUCAGGCGACUCUUCUCCGCGAUCAAGAGAGAUAGACUUCGAGAACACAGCUCCAUCUCCAGUUCCAUGGGAAGAUCAACCACCAAACUACAAAGCCAAGUUCAUGUGUAGCUACGGCGGCAAGAUCCAGCCACGCACUCACGACAACCAACUCUCUUACGUCGGCGGCGAGACCAAGAUCCUCGCCGUCGACCUAAACAUCAAGUUCAGCGCCAUGAUCUCUAAACUUUCCGCCCUAUGCAACGAUGCUGACGUGUCCUUCAAGUACCAGCUCCCAGGCGAGGAUCUUGACGCUCUCAUCUCCGUCUCCAACGAUGACGACCUUGACCACAUGAUGCACGAGUACGAUCGUCUCUACCGUGCUUCCGCUAGACCCGCCCGCAUGCGAUUAUUCCUCUUCACUAACGAAACUCUUAAUUCGGCUCCUGCUUCUUCCCAACCCGACCCGGUUAAACCACCCGCCAACAACAACGUCGACUUUCUCUUCGGUCUAGACAAGGCCAACGCCGCUCCUCCGCCUCAGCCACCGCCAGCGACUGUGAAAUUUCAUGAUCCAGUGCCGGAACUUCCUCGUGCCGCUCUGAGCCCUGCUGAUCGGGUCGUUAGUUCGGAUCCGAACAUGAACCACCCGCUCGAGAUUCAGAGACAGUUGCAGCGGUUGCAAGUUGUGGAGAACGAACAAGCUGCGUAUCGGAGAAAAAGCGAAGACAACGUCGUCGGGAAUUACCACGCCGGAGAUUAUUACGUUCACAAGCUACCUGAGAAAUUGCCACCGUCUAAUUUCCCGGCGAAUGCGCCGCCGCCUCCCCAGGCAGGUUAUUGGCCUGAAAAGCAUGUUUCUGGCGAGGUUUAUUCUCCGACGGUGUCAGCUGCUCCCGGAGGAGGGGACCAGCCGGUUUAUGUAAUUCCGGCGCCGGGAAGUUUCUAUCAUGCGCCGGUGAUGCGUCCGCCGGCGGCACCGGCCACUCAAGGGUAUUACACUGUUCAACGAAUGCAUUCUGAUGCUUACCGUGAACCCCCGGUAUACGGUGGCGCACCACCCCCUAAAGUGCCGUUCUCAUCGGCGGUGCCGGCGCAACCGGUUAAAGCUCCUACGUAUACAGAAGGAUUCAGUGUAGUUCGCCCGGCUGGGAUACCGGAUAAUACGGCCGCAGCGUACGCACAUGUGGCGUACGAUAGUGCAAGUGGGAGACAGGUUUACUACACUGCGCCGGGUGGCAUGAUGCACGCGCCGCCAUACCAAGGAGUUGCUCCGCCCGUCAACGCUGAUAUGAGACAAGGUGGGGUGUCGUUGGGUCAGGAAGUUAAAAUGAUAAACAAGGUUUCUCAAGGUUCAGUGUGAUUAAAGUUCUGAUUAAGAUUAUGGAUAUGUUAAUUUUGAAUUAAUAUGCUAAAUAUGUUUUUUUUUCCCCUUUUAUGUUCGUAAUCGUAUUUUUAUAUAAUAGGGAUAUUGUUCGCUUUUACUUGCUAUGGACCUAUUGUUGUACACAAUGUCGAUGAUGGAUAUAUACUAUGGUUAUGUUUAGAUUU